AUGCCAUUAUAUUUAACUCAUAAUUUACGCUAUGUUUCAAGAAAUUUAUGUUCCCAUUUUCUACGGGUGUCAGUUCUUUUCAGAGAUGUGACAUUAAUUUGCGAAGAUGCGGAAGAUAUUUGGCAUGUUUAUAACAUUAUACGUAUAGGUGAUACUGUUCGAUGUUCGACAUUCCGAAAGGUUACGACUGAAUCAAAUACCGGGAGUACUUCAAGUCAACGUGUGCAAACGAAUUUAGCAAUCUGUGUGGAAGCAACCGAUUAUGAUACUGUUGGCAGCAUUUUGCAUCUAAAAGGAAAAAAUGUUGAAGCUAAUGCGUAUGUUAAAAUUGGUGCUUAUCAUACUCUCGAUUUAGCAAUUGGUCGAAAAUUUACGAUCUAUAAAUCUGAAUGGGAUUCUGUUGAUAUCGAUCGUCUAAAUUUAGCUAUAAAUGUAGUUACGAAUGCCGAUGUAGCUGCUGUUAUUAUGCAUGAAGGUCUUGCCCAUAUAUGUCUUUUAACUGAUACUAGGACAGUGAUACGCGCAAAGAUUGAUAUGCAGAUUCCUCGGAAACGAAAAGGUUUUGGAAGUCAACAUGACAAAGGCAUAGAAAAAUUCCUUGAAGCUAUAGCAGUUGCAUUUGUUCGUCAUAUCGAUCUUACAGUUAAUAUUUUUAAAUUUCGCUUGUUGAACGUUUUAUUGGGUUUUAUAAUGGAUUCAUCGGUCUUUUAUUUAUUCACUUUAUUUACAAAUAUCAUUUGGAUAUGUAAUUCUUAUGAUGCUAAAUAA